AUGAUCACGUUUAUCGCGGAUGAAUGUGUAAUUACUUUUAGUGGACUGGAAAUCGGGCGGGCAAAGACACUCAUUGGCGUCUUGCGCCAGGUGGUUUGUCAGUUGUGGUUAUUUUUACGGUCAUUUCUUGCUUUUUAAAUUUUCAAGUUUGAAUUUUAAGUUCUCAAGUUUCUCGCGGUGUGACUGCUGGUCAAAAUUCCAUUUUGCGAAGACGUUUGCAUAGUAUAUUGCAAGCGAAGCAGUGAUGCUUAAAUUACCCAGUACUACGUCAUAUAUGCGGCCCGAAGCAGGUCCUCUUUUCCUGCUGACCGCCGCAGGCGGCCAGCUGAUGGGUCAUAUAAUCGAAUAAGAGUGCAGCCAAUAUGGGAUCUGUAAUGUGCUAGUGUUUUCCCCCGAGGGUUGCUAAGUGUGAAAUAUAGCGUACACUGGGAUGCAGUGUCCGGGAGUGCGCUGCUGAGCACGUCAGUUCCUCUAUGGAACCCAUGCAUGUAAAAAGCAGGCGAGGCAGUCGUUCCGGAACAACCAAACAAUGCAUCCAGCCUCUGCAUCAGGGCGCUAAUUAAGAACUUUAGUUAUUGGUCGUUUCUCAUUUGCUGCACCUGACACCUCAUCAGCCAGCGCAUGCACGCCCUAGGGGACGCACCCUCUUGCCAUGAGGCAGUUUGGUGGCGUCGACAUUUGUGUCGACGGUUGGUGUUCGUCGGGUAGAAUAUUUCAUUUAGGUAAACGCAUGCCCAUGUGCGAGGGUGAAAUACCUCCAGGCAGAGAAGCACCGGAGUCACUGGCCUCUGCUGCGGAUUCUUAAAGGAGAAAUAAGUUAGACAUUUGUUAUCCCUACCGAUCAUGAUGACAGCUGCGACAUGGAUCCUGUAACCCAUAAUGUUGGAUCAGACUGGAAUUUGGUAGUCCGUUUAGGACGUUGGUUGUCAUUGGUAAAUUCGUCGUUAACCAUAAUAAUCUGCAGACCAAGAGAAUAUGCAGGGGUUAGGUUAAUUAAAAGUAUGUAAGCACGGUCUCCCUGCGCACUCAACGAAUCAAUAGCUGGGGGACUGUUAAUUUGUAGAACUCAUGGACAGCGACCAGCUAACGGCGAGAGGUAACGGUUAUGCGACGGUAUGAGCGAAAGUUACCGUCCGACGCAGUCGUUAAAUGUCUAAAAACUCGGUUGUCGAUGGUGAACCGCACUUACAGUCACUGUCACCAGUCAUCGGUAUCGCAACGUCCCCGGCGGGGUAACUUAUGAUAUUGCGGAUAUAAAAUAACUUACUAUCCACUGUGACUGAAUCCCCAGAGGAAUUCAUACCGAUAAAAACUUACUUCGCAUAGACUUAAAUUGCGUAGACGGUCCACCCGUUGGGAGUUGUGGACCGUCGCAGUGUCCAGUCGGAUGGACCGCCUAUGUCGUGCUGCUAUGACUACGACGGCUUCCAAGACAUACGUUUCGAUUUUUCAGAAUAACUUUCGAAAUGAGAGGAAGAGAAACUAUUGAGCGGACAUCUUGUCAAGUCACAUGAAAUCUAAACCGACUCAGUCGGUUAUCUCCAGUCGUGUAUGAAUUCACGUGCACUUGUGGAUGCAAGUACAUUGAACGAUUGCCCCCAAAUUGGGACACGCGGUAGAUGCGCCGAAGCAGGUAGGCUUUAUCUAGAAUGCAAACCCAUAACGAAUAUCAGUACUCGGGGCAGUGGCAGGCCCAUUUGCAGUCUCACGCCGCGCCAUUCGGGAUCCGAGUCGCCCCACAUACUUGUUGUUUAGAAUCCUGGUUAUCAUAUGUUGUGGACCAGGGAGUGUGGUGGUACGUCUAGGUGUCAGUUUACGCUGUGUUAGCCACCUGCGGCCCCUCUCGCCUCCGGUCUUCAUGACUCCGUCUUGACACGGGGUCCAGGUGGGGAAGCGGAGAGAGUGCUGUAGGUGCUGCGUAAGUCUACUAUCACUAUGAAUAAAACCUCGCGGAAGUCACUGUCCCACCAUGCCGUGGAGCACACAGCGUAUCUCGUCGGAUACGACAGUCGAUGUUGAUUUAACUCAAACACAGUUAGUCGAUAGGCCAGUUGAGCAUAUGUCCGGGUGGCUCUCCGCUCGUGUGCCACUUGUACUAAUUCAUCCGGUACCAUAUUGCUGAUUCACCAUGUAAUGACUGCCUGACCUUCAAUGCAGUCCGUCGACAGCGGGCGCGCAUGCAAGGUUGAGCCAUUUGGCACCCGAGGCCACAGACCGAAAACCUGGGGGAGCGCUAUGUGCUCCAAGUAUACGCAUCGCAUGAUCGAAACCUCCUAGGUAGCCAGGAUAAAGAGCGCGGUUGAGCGGUUCGGCGCCUGACAAAUCCUGUAGUCUUUCUUUAAAGAUCGGAUCGGCGCAAUUAACUCAGGGAAUGAACACGAUCUACUAGGAUGUCAUUUUGGCUUUUGGGCCGUGGCGGCUGGUGAAGACGAUAGAUAAAUCUCGUAAUGCUCGUUGCAUUUAAGUAAUACCGAUAGAGUUGCCGUCGUGGGGGCAGCUGACAUCGGCAAUACUGUUCAUGCUCGCAACGUAUUCCUCGCAAAUUGAGUGCAAAAUGUGUUUGACGUGCACUUUGUCAGUCACGUUGUCCACAAUCUGUUUCUUGUAAACAUUAUCCUCAUGGCUUUCGUUGGCUAGAUUACGCAUUGCUCAUGUCUGCGGAUCUCAUUGGAGGACGAAGCAAUGUAAUCGCAUGAUGCUGCGAAUUUGACAAGCCGAAAAACGGGAUAGGGCAAAACCUUCAAACCAGGGAAGUAGAAAUCUUCAUGCACCUUGCACAAGGCGUCCAACCACAGUUAUUUCCGUCUUCCUCUUGUCUCUGCCAUUUGCACUUCCACUUUCACACGUUAGCAGUUCCAUUUUGCUAUUUUCUUUUCCCAGGUACCUAAUUCCUUCCACAGCAACUUUUUAUGCGAAAAUAGUGGAAAAUUAGUCAAUUUUACAUUUCCUCAUUUUUCGCUCGGUCUUGUUAACUGCCUUUCAAGUCAAAACUAUGUUUUUCUCCCAGCCAGCCAUAUAGCUCCGCCGGCAGACUUCACUAUGUCGGCACGGAAAUUCAUCGACAUUGGUGCGAAUCUGACCGACUUAAUGUUCUCUGGCAUAUAUAACGGUUCUCAAAAACAUACGGGUGAUCUCAGGGAGGUUCUUUUGCGGGCUUAUAACGCAGGCCUGGAGAAGAUCAUUGUAACCUGUGGUUAGCGCUUCGCCCUUUUCGAUAUUCCUUUUACUUGUCUGAUUUCAGGUUGCUUGGAGGACUUAGUCGUCGCCAAGUCGCUCUGUGCCUCUGAUGAGCACCUUUUCUUUACUGCGGGCAUUCAUCCGACACGUUGUCAGGACUUCGCGAAGGACCCCACUGCCUGCUAUGACCAGCUGAAGAGCUGUAUCAAAGACAACCCCGACAGGGUUGUAGCUGUUGGUGAAUGUGGUCUGGAUUAUGAUCGGUACUGAUCCCAUUCUUACCGUUCGUCUAGUAUGACAUUCGAGAGAACACUUCUGUCCCGCUGACGUGCAGAGAACGUACUUUGAGAAACAGCUGCACUUGGCACACACCACCGGCUUGCCCCUCUUCCUGCACUGUCGACGCGCUCACACAGACCUGCUGGACAUCCUGCGGAAGCAUAUUUCCGAGUUUGGACCUGUGACCGGAGUAGUGCAUACAUUUGAUGGAACUGCCGAGCAGGCCUCUGACUUCAUCAAUCUUGGACUGUACGUUGGUUUCAAUGGGUGCAGCUUGAAGCUGCCUGAGAAUUUGAAGGUAAACUAUUGUUACUUUGUUACCCCAAAUUUGUGGUAGGCGGCAACUAGGCGAAGUACGUUCUCCUAAGUACAUUACGUAUGCUAUCUCAUGAAAUGUAAACCGAAAUUAUGAAGUGCUUCAUCGUUUACAAAAGAUAACCUAAGCAGGGUUGUAAGUUAGGGAUCGUGCGGUAGACUCUCAUGAUAUUUCAGUCACGUGAGAGUGCCAGCUUUUGAACGAGCAUCUUUCCGACCGUCUGCAAAAAUACACUGUAAAAGUAACUACUCGAGUAGUAUGCAUUUUUCCUCAUUGAUUUUUGAUGAACUUUUAUAUUUAAUUUUAUUAUGUGGAAAACAUGCACAAAAUGUCGGUUUUUUGCCCAUCCGAUAGAAAAUUACGUAUUCUUCAGAUUAUGUUUGAAGGAAAAGCAUAUUUUGGUUUUAAUGAAGUUAGCAUGAGAUUUUUAAGACCGUGAAACGUCCAUUUAUGAAAUAACGUUGUGUGUAAAUUAUACAAUAUGGUCCAAAUCCACUGCAAGAUUUUAUUAAUUUCACCCGGCAUCUUCUUAGUAACGCAUGAAAAUGUGUUAUAUUGAGUGACCAAUCUCAUAAAAUGUUGACCGAAUUUCUGAAAUGCGUUUUCGACUAGGAAGGAUUACAUGGGUUGGGUUGUAGUAUUGAUUAUCACGCGACAUAAUUCUAUAAUAUUUCGAACUCGCCAGAAUGUUGGCUUUUGAAAGCACAUUUACCUAUAGAAAGUGCACCCGACAAAAAAUAACUGCUUAAGUGGUAUGCAUUUUUAUACCGAUUUUCGAUAGUCUUGUAAAUUCAAAUAUAUUUUAUAGAAAGAAUGCGCAAAAUAUGCUUCCUUCUACUCGUUUGGUAGCAAAUCAGGUUGUCUUCACAUUUUGAACCCGAGGUACGUUUCAUUAAAUACAGCGGAUGUCAAUCGAAAUCCAAAAACGCGUUCUCGUCUCCAAAAGAUAACCCAAGCAGGGUUGUAGUGUUGAUGAUCGUGCGGCGAAAUCCCAAGAUAUUUCAGUCGCGUGUAGAUGCCGGCCUUUGAACGAGCAUCCUUCCGACCGUCUGCAAAAAGUACUUUGAGAAUAACAACUCGAGUAAUAUGAAUUUUUCUCGUUGAAUUUGGAUGCCCUCAUAAAUUCAACUAUAUUUUCUAGAAAACAUACAGAGAAAUAUCCGUUCUUCCACGCAUUUGGUAGCAAAUUACUUCUUUAAAUUUUAUACGUGGAAAAAGAGUAUCUUUCUGCUUUAAAAAGUUUCUAAUGGUAGGCUUUUUAAGACCGUACAAUGACUAUUCGUAAAAAAUCGUAUCUCUAAAUUUAUUAAAGCAUGCAAUAAAGGUGAAUACACUGCAAGGCCGUAUGAAUUCCAUAUGGUAUCUACUCAAUAGCCUAUAGGAAUGUACGAUUUUCCUAGCACGAAGAAUGCAUAGUUUGUAGUCCUGAAACUCUGAAUGCAAGUGAAAAGUCAAGUUGGGCUUAAAAUUAUUCUGAAUCAGAGAGUUUUCAAUAUCGAAUUAUACUUUUAAAUCAUGUAUAAAAUUAAGGGAGACGUAAUUUGCUACCAAAUGGGUAAAAGGAAGAAUAUUUUUGGCAUGUUUUCCAGAAAAUAUAUUUCAGUUUAUGAGGACGUCAAAAAUCAAUGUGAAAAAUGCGUCCCACUCAGUCAGUUAUUUUUUGCAGUGUGGUUUUUACAGACGAUCGGUAAGGAAGUCCGUUCAAAAGCCGGCAUCCUGACAUGACUGAAAUAUCUUGCAAUCCUGCUGCACGAUCAUUAAUAUUACAGGCCUACUUUCGAAUCGAAAACACAUUUCAGAAUUUCCGUCAACAUUUCAUGAGAUAGCACACCAACUGUAAGUUUCCAGCCGAUAUGAUAUCUGCAACCCACUCGAUGCUCUCGGGAAUGAAACAGCGUCUUGCAUAACCAAAAUGCCCGCAUAAUGCCAGCACUAAGAGGGUCGGAUUUAGAAUACAGCCUUAUCUGGCAUCCACGCCCUCUCCCUGUGCCCAAAACGGGAAAAUCCCAUUUAUGCCAUGCCCGUUUGUCCCAAAACUAAUAUCCUACGCCACGUGUGAGUUAUCAAGGUAUUUAUCUAUUAGGUUUUUAGUUAAUAGCUCCUCGUCCUCCGCACUCGGCAGUGAGUAUCUCCACCAGCUCGCGUCUUUAGCUUGAGUGGUGGGUGAAGUGCUGUAUUGGGCGGUGCUCGGAAAUGCUCAACGAAUCCACGUCGGGGAAUGCUGCAGUAAUGUUGUUGGGUCUUUUCUUGUCGACAACUGCCGCUUAUCAGCGUCCAGGUACCCGUCUAGCAGGCGGGACAUGCCUCGAUCCAAAAUGGGAGCCUUAGUUUAGAGCCCCCUCCCCCUCCAACGGAUGACAUACGCGAACAUCUAACAGGCUUACACAAACGCCCCAACUGUCAUUCGUCUUAACGGUAGACUUCGUUUUCUAAUUCUCCAAAAGGGCAAACAACAGCCGACGAGCGUUUUCUAUCAUUUUCAACUAGUGCGAUAACGAGGUGGCGGUUGGUUUUGCAAACCUAAAAUUAGCAUUGUCAGACUAUAGACACGAAUGAAACAGGUGUUUUGGCUAGGCACUUUCGGGCCAGUUGUAUUUAUUCCUACCUACGGACCAAGCCGUUCUAAUAGAUAACUCGGGCAGAGAGCCCCAAUGUUUAACGCUGCUACCUAACCUCCUCGGCGGUAGUGUUUAAAAAUGCAGGCUUCCCACAGGUCCCUCUGUGCGCCAUCUCAUUAACCCCUCUCUCUGCGUUGAGGUGGUGGGCGUACAGUUUCACAUGUCGGCGACUGGUCGGAUUUUCUGCCGAGCCGUCUUGUUUUCGGCUCGCCUGAGUACUUGUGCACCACCAAAAGCUGAUCGACGAUCGUCCUCAAGUUGACGCACGACGGCGCUUGAGUUCACGUUUUCCCGUCUCACUACCAGCUCUUACUCCUGCUUUCGUGUUGUCAGACCCUUGUUGCUCCUUCCGAAAAAAAACCUGCCGGACACCUGCGGUCACUAAUGCGGUAGACCACUGCAUGUUGACUUUUGUUAGCCGUUCCUUGAGCUGCUUCAGUUGGUGGCGAGCCGUUGUCUGUAGUCAGUCAAGUUUAUCGGCCUUAUCAAGCGUCAGAGGCUUCUAGGCCUCCUGGUGUGUACCAAAGGCACGAAAUACCCAGGAUAUGGCUGUCGACCCUGUCUUCGAUAGAAGGGUAUUCGUUGGAAAUUAAGACCCCGGGAAUACCUCCGACCCCGCAACUUUUAAUAAUUUAUACUGCAAUCUUCGUUAAUCCGUCGAAAAGUCAUCCGUGCGCAGCUGCGGUUUUUUGUUAGAUGAUUGUUGUCCUAGUGGAGCGUUUUGCAGCAUUUGUUGUCUUCCGAUAGAUUCCAAGUGCGAGGGCUUCGCCUUAAUUCUUUGAAAUUAGGAUGUCCUGUAACGAGAUUUGUCCAUGUGGAAACGAAUGCAGUCAUUCUUAUAGAGAUGACGGCACAAUAGACGCGUAUUGACGCAGACUUCGACCAACCGUAGAAUCCUUUGUUGGACACUGUCAAUUAACUAAUUAUUUUUGCACACCACCCAUAGCCAGACGACCACCUGGGGGUGGGAGGGGACUGUCUUGAACAUUUACGCAAUAAAAGUUAUUUUCCCCCGGCAAAUUUCGUCCGAGUGCGUUGCCUCUAGAAAUUCACGGUCUUCCUUUAUUGGGCAGGCGCCGGCAGAUUUGUGCCCAGUGCCCAUGGACACUUUGGACAUAUGGCCUCCUCUCUUCACCGCUAGCUGGUGUUCACGUAUACGCGCGGAGGCAGACUUUCUAGUUUCACCACAAUAGACAGCAUCACGAAUGACAAAUAGGACCUAGUAGCUAGCACUCAUUCUACCAAGGUAGCCAACCCUGUCCUUCAGUUGUACAAGCUGUGUGCGUAAGUUAGUUGGUGAUCGGUGUAUUAUCUGUAUCUUAAUUUUUCUUCAGGUGUCUUUCGACAAGGUCAGAUAAUUUUUCACCUAUGAAACAUGAGCGUAGCAUUGAAAAUGCCUUUCUCUCUCACACUUGAUGUUUUAUGCAUUGAAGCAUAAAGUCAACGGUGUACUUGCUUGAGGCAAUAAUUGGAAAAGGUAUCUAAUUCUGCUCGAGUUAGCAGGCUGUAAGUACAAGUCCGUUUGUGAGUUAAAAGGCGAGAUCACACCACUUGAUACCAUUAUCUCGUCGGGUUGCAACUUUGCUUCUUUAGAAUUUGUCUGUGAACUCAUGUAGACCUUCAGUGUGAGCACUGGAUAUCGCCUAAGUAGCAGCUGGCUGUUAGACAUGACUUUUUUGACAUCGCACUCCAAGCCUCUGUCUAAGCAGUCGAUUGUCGUUGAAGGUAACAACCGCUCAAGUCUCUCCGCUUCUCUUUGGUAUUUUUUCUAGGUAGUCUCGGAGGUGCCGGUUGAACGCAUUCUUCUGGAAACCGACGCACCAUGGUGCGACAUCCGGCCGACUCACGCAGGUAAUUCCUCAUCCUUGACUUCUCACUACUGUUGCUGCCUUGCAGGUUACCAGUACGUGAAGACAAAGUUUGAACGGAAGAAGCCAAACAAAUGGGACGCCAAAUGCAUGGUUGCGGGCCGGAAUGAGCCAGCCAAUAUUGUACAGGUGCUGGAGGUCGUGGCUGCCGUUCAUGGCAUCUCCGAGGAUGAGCUGGCCGAGACGGUCUACCAGAACACACUCACUGCCUUUCCGCGUCUGGCACACUAG